UACCCUUCAAUCCUUCAUCAAGGACAACUCAAUAGGAGAAAAAUAAAAGGAAGGAAAGAAACGGAGAGAAAGAGAUGGAAAGGAAAAAAGAGAGAGAGAGAAAGGAAAGUUGAAAACGCGCAAACGAAGGAAAAAGAAAGCUGCAGCAACUCUGCUUUUCUCUUAGUCGACCUCUCUUUUCUCUCUCUACCUAUAUCCUCUCUCCUAUAACACCCACACGGGCGCUAAGUCAGUGUGGAAACACUAGAUUAAUAAAACCAACCAUAAUAAUUUAAAAGCGCUUUCUCUUUCUUUUCUCCUUCUCUCUAUCCCCUCCCUUAUGGUUUCUCCCUGAGACGGUGUUCAGUGGUGGGAGCCGGCGACUCACGUAACUCGGUACGAGUUAUGGGUUGUUGCCAAUCUUCCUUCUUGCGAGUAUCCGUCUCCCAGGAGAAAGCCUCUAACAACAACUCCCUUCAUCAGGCGCAGAAUCACCACGCUUCUAACCCGUCCAACGGUACCGACGCUGCCUCCGCCGCUUCCGAAGGUUUUCGUGGUUUCACCGAGUUUUCCCUUGCUGACCUAAAAGCUGCCACCAAUAACUUCAGCCCAGAGUUCAUAGUUUCGGAAAGCGGUGAAAAGGCUCCCAAUGUCGUCUAUAAAGGCCGCCUACAGAACCAGGACACUCGCACUUGGAUCGCUGUUAAGAAAUUCGCGAAACUUGCCUGGCCCGAUCCUAAACAAUUCGCUGAUGAGGCACUGGGUGUUGGGAAGUUUAAACACCAGAGGCUAGCUAAUUUGAUUGGGUAUUGCUGUGAUGGGGACGAGAGGUUGCUGGUGGCGGAAUAUAUGCCCAAUGAUACCCUUGCCAAACAUCUAUUUCACUGGGAGAAUCAAACCAUUGAGUGGGCCCUGCGAUUAAGAGUUGCUUUGUACAUUGCUGAAGCAUUAGAUUAUUGUAGUUCUGAAGGUCGUCCAGUGUACCACGAUUUAAAUGCUUAUAGGGUUCUUUUUGAUGAGAAUGGAGAUCCUCGGCUUUCUUGUUUUGGCUUGAUGAAAAAUAGUAGGGAUGGAAAAAGUUACAGCACAAAUCUUGCUUAUACACCCCCUGAAUAUCUAAGAAAUGGAAGAGUCACUCCUGAAAGUGUCAUCUUCAGCUUUGGGACUGUCCUCUUGGAUCUUCUUAGCGGCAAGCACAUCCCUCCUAGUCAUGCUCUUGAUAUGAUACGGGGAAAGAAUAUCCUUCUCUUAAUGGAUUCACAUCUGGAGGGAAACUUUUCAACUGAAGAGGCAACUAUGGUCUUUGAUCUUGCUUCAGAAUGUUUAAAGUAUGAACCUAGAGAGCGGCCAAAUACGAAGGAUCUUGUUGCUACCCUUGCACAACUGCAAAAUAAACCUGAUGUUCCAUCUUAUGUGAUGCUUGGAAUUCCAAAGCACGAGGAAGGACCACCUACUCCAAAACACCCUCUUUCUCCAAUGGGUGAUGCUUGUUCACGGAUGGAUCUGACAGCUAUACAUCAGAUCUUGGUAAUGACGCACUACAAGGAUGAUGAAGGAACUAAUGAGUUAUCCUUCCAAGAGUGGACACAACAGAUGAGAGAGAUGUUGGAAGCCAGAAAACGUGGAGAUGUAGCAUUUCGUGACAAAGAUUUUAAAACAGCUAUAGAAUGUUAUUCCCAGUUUAUAGAUGUGGGAACGAUGAUUUCUCCAACUGUUUAUGCCCGGCGAAGUCUAUGCCAUCUACUAUGCGAUCAACCAGAUGCUGCGCUCCGAGAUGCAAUGCAAGCACAAUGUGUAUACCCUGAAUGGUCCACCGCAUUUUACAUGCAAGCUGUGGCCCUUGCCAAGCUGAACAUGCACAAGGAUGCAGCUGACAUGUUGAAUGAGGCUUCUGCGCUGGAAGAGAAAAGGCAACGUGGAGGGAAAGGUUCUUGAGAAUUCACUCUGUAAUUAUUCUUUUGUACUUGUAGUUGUCCAAUUGUUGUAACAAAAAUGUGGGGCUAGUGUAAUGAGAAUUGGAGAUAUGGUUUCCAUUCAAAAUGUAGCAGAGGGAGAGGGGAGAGAGGAAUAGUUUUGCA